AUGAGCAAUGAGGCCUUGGGUCUGAUCUGGCUGUCACCUCUCAUUGGCGGUCUCUUCGGAGCCUUGAUGGCGGGUCCUGUCAACGACAAGCUUGUCCUAUUCCUCACACGCCGAAACCGCGGCUGGCUGGAGCCAGAGUUCCGUCUCUGGGUCUUCAUCCCCAUGGCAUUCCUAAUGUCAGGCGGUCUCCUGCUCUACGGCGUCGGUGCAGCUAAUUCGUUACCUUGGAUCGGUCCUGUUGUCGGCCUGGGACUCGUUGGCUUUGGAUUGACUGUUGCAGCUGCGCUUAGGAUGGCGUAUAUUGUUGACCGUUACAAAGAGGUUGAUGACGAAGCUAUCACGACCGUAAUCCUGAUCAGGAACAUCAUUGGUUGUGCUAUGACGUUUGGCAUUCAGCCUUGGAUUGACAGCAUGGGUGUGCAGGAUACUUUUAUACUGGUCUGUUUCUUGUCUUUUUUCAUCGCUGUGUUUGCGGGUGCGUUCAUCAUCUGGGGAAAGAAGUUUCGCAUUCUUACCAAGAUGGCAUAUCUGAGCUUCGCGGGAACUUCCUCUUGGGAAAACUAA